CACAGCCCUGCCCUUCGUCAUACGUCACAUCCGGUGGUUCACGGGAAGUUUGAGCUGCUCGCGAGCGCAAUCGCACAAUCAUGUCUGCCAUUUUCAAUUUCCAGAGCCUGCUGACGGUGAUCCUUCUGCUCAUUUGUACUUGUGCCUAUAUCCGAUCCUUGGUCCCUAGCCUUCUUGAUAAAAACAAAACUGGAGUUUUGGGAAUAUUCUGGAAAUGUGCAAGAAUAGGUGAACGGAAAAGCCCUUAUGUGGCUUGUUGCUGUGUUAUCAUGGCAUUUAGUAUCUUGUUUUCACAGUAAUGUAACUGAGGAAUGGAAGACAACAACGGAGUACAGGAAUAACAUCAUCAGACUAAUGCCAAAGGUUUGAGUUGGAAUAGUUUCAAGGCUGUCUCAUAUACAGGACCAAAUAUUUGGCAACUUGUUUGCAUGUGUUGUUAACACCCAAGUUCCUCUGCAUAGUCCAAUGCCAAAACUUUUUUGUUAAUCUGUGUAAAUUUUACAUAGAAUAUUUCUGAUUAAGGGAUUUCAAGUUAGUGAGCCAAAAACCAGUCUUUUUGUUAUUUUUUAAGCAUGAACCUGGGUUUCCAGCAUGAUUUAAAAUGGUGAUUUGAAAACUUGAAUUUUUUUUUUGUUUUUUGGUGCUCAAAAUUGAGAAACUAAUUGUUUCAUUCCAUCUGAAGUGUGGGCAUAGAAAUGCCAGUCUCCGUUGGUUGUACUCAUGCCCACAUGUACACAUUUUUUACAUUUUAGUAAUGAUUUUCAGUUACCCUUUUAUGAAAAUUUGUAUAAAUAUUAACUUAUCAAUUUACAGAUUAUAUGUCUUUGCAGAACACUACCCCUACAAAAUCGCGUACAUUUGAACAAAAGUCCCCUUCGACCCUUUUUUGGGGGGGAAUUAGAGUAGUUAUUACCUUGGUCAAAUUUAGUUCUUUUCAACCUCAUUAGUAAAUGUUAAUAUCCUGACAAAUUUGUGAUAAUUUGUAUAUCUGUGUCCACAAUGCAGAAAAUAUCCAAGUAGUGGUAAAUUGUUCAAAAAUUUGGAAAUUAUGUCUAUUAAUAUUAGCUAGGUGUAACAGGUGUACUUUUAAAAUGUUUUAUUUAUUAAAUUCUCUUUUAGAACAUUCAAAAGUUUAUAAUGUUCUUGAAAUUUUUACGGCAGUAUAAAGGUAUAAGUGGAACUAGUUUUAAAAGUUUUACUGUUAACUGUAAAUAAAUACUUAAUUGUCUGAUAUGUUCCGGGCAUCCAGUAUGGUAUUUUUAUUUAUGUUCUACAAUUUUAUGAGUUAAGAAUAUCUGACAAAAUGUUCAUGAAAACAUACAACAUAUUAUGUGAGUUUGUCCCUGUCAUAGUACUGGCAAAAUAACUCAAGCCAUUUCAAUCUGCUUUUUUCUGUUAAACUAUCUACUGGGCGUGAAAUGUGAACAAACCGCUUUUUCACUGUCCAAAAGACAAGACUGUGUCAUGGUGUAAAUGAUUGUAAACAGGCAUUCGUCAAACAGCAGGGCACAAAAGGAAGAAAGCCCUCCUGAAGGAUUAGGACGUGAAGCUGUUUUGUUCAGUUUCACAGUCCUACAUCCUUGCAAAUGUAUUUUUUUGUUUGGGGAAAAAUAGUGGUGGGCUGUGGGUGAACUGAGGUGAAGGGGAGUGUAUAAGAGAUGCUCUUGUCUGUAGCAUUCAUAAGCUGGCUAAUGGGACAUUCUCCUAAUAGUGUGCUCCAUUGUGAGCCAAAGGUCAAGUAUAUCUGGACUGAGGGAUGUGUGAGGCACUCUCCCAAUGGAAAGUCUUCCUUCUGCCCAGAUAGGACAUGUGCAUGUGCAGGAUCAAUGGUCCUUUUCACAACAGAGGAAACAAUCUGGGGGUAUCCUUUGGUAGUGUGCCACUAUUUUUUUUUUUUUUUUUCCCUCCGAGGGGCAGGGGAUAUAAAGUUGAAGGAUGAUCGAGUCCUGGCAAUCAGCACAGUGUGGGUUUUGUUCCAACUGCCUCUUGAGAUAUGUAAGAUUUUCAUAAGGGUAAUUGUUCUGGCUUUCACAUGGGAUUUGAAUUGUUCAUAGUUUUUUUUUUUUUUUUAACUGACUGAUGAAGGUUGUAACAAAAGUACACCUAUAUUUUUAAUAGUCUCAGGAAGCAGGUUGGUGACCACAACAACAGAUUCUGCAGAGAAGGAGGGAAGUUGAAAACAAAUAUACUGGAGCCACAUGAAAUGAUAAAUUACAGUUUACACUGUUAGUAUAUAUAUAACUGUCUUCAAAGUGUUUGUUCCUUUGCUGGGCUUGCAUUCUGAUGGCAAUGUUUCCUGCUGCAUAUCCUAUUUUUCUAGGAUGGGCUCUGACCCUAACUGGAGAAACAAUAAAUUAAAAUGCUUAGGUUGGGAGUUAAACCAUCCUGACAAAGCAUACACUGUUCAUGGAAAUAAUACGAGUAUCUGUAACUAAUAUGCACCGUGUUCAACUGCUACGGAUUUGUAUUAAUACAGGUGCUUCGUACAUGAGCAGUGAAUGUUCCCUUUGACCAAACUCAGGACAGAAAGGAAAAUGAUCGUCAGGAUAUAUAGAGAAACAUAAACUGAAAGUAUUAGUAUCAUUUCAUAAUUUCAGUGCAAGCUUCACUCAAUGAAAAGAAAAUCCUAGCUUUAGGAUUCCUCUGCCACCGUUUGGUAUCCCACAGUAUAUUUCAUAGCUUCCCCUCAGCCUACUUGGCUCAAACAGCAGCCUUGCGGUUUCUAGAACCCUGCUAACACUCACUUUAUGUACAGUAACACUUACUGUAUGUUUAUAUAAAGGAAACAUAUGAUACUGCAGUUCCAAGUGUCUCAUUUAUAAUAAUUCAAUGGGUUUAUUACAUCACAAGGGAAAGUCAAAGUGACUGAAAAGCUUUGUCUGCACAGAUAGGAAGGCUGUACCUUUACUCAUACAGUGGAGACAAGGUUUCUUUUAACUUUUUGACCAUAGUUAGCAAUUUGAGUGGUCCUGAGCUUUCUAUGUGCUAUUUUUAUUCCUUUUCUAUUUUUUAAUAUCUAUGUUUGUCUAAAUGUGCUUAUUUUAUUUGUUUACGUCUGGUAUCACUCCAGUUUUUGUCUGUGUCACAGUGGUGUCUAUGUAGCUGUAGCCUUCAUUGGGAUCAAUAAAGGUUUUUUCAUUCAUUUCAUCAUUUAUUCACUAAUUUAAUUUUCUUCUGUUAAAUUUUUUAUGAAGUGACACUCCUAGUCCAACAAACACGGGCAGAAAGUUACUUUGGUGGGUAUGACAUCUUCUUUUGUAUGUGACUAUGUAGUUUGG